UGUGUAGAUGCUAACAUGGCGGGGAAGCAGAACUGGUCGGUGAGCGAUACAACAUUUCUAAUCGAAACGUUAAAAGAACUCAAAAUUAUCGAACGCCUUGACGGUCGAAAGUGUAGGAACACGGAGUUAUUUAAACAAGUGCAUGAAAAACUGGAAGAAGCCGGAAUCCAUCGAACAAUUGAGCAAAUAAAAAAACGCUGGAAGAGCUUGAAAGCUAAGUACUACCAAGCUAAGAACAAGAACGGGAGAAGUGGCUCCGACCCCACCACUUUUUCAUUUUACGUGUUGAUGGACGAACUGAUGAGAGAGCGGCCACUGGCCAACACGACAGGCAGCGGUGUGGACCAAGGUUAUGAGGAGGAAUCUGAGGACUACAGCCCCGAAGCAAAUCCGGAACAAAGCAUCCUUUCCGAUGAUGAGUCCAGCUUUGAUGAAGCAGCUGACAGCAGCACACAACAAACAACAGUCCAAGAAACUUUCAACAGACGAGGACAUCAAGGAAGAGACCACGAGGGAACUCUGGUUAUGCAGACUUGGGCCACCGAACAGCAAUCCUUCUACCAGAAGAUGCAAGAGUCCCAGAACAAAUGGAUAGAAGAACAACAGGAACGAUGGCAGCAAAGAGAAGAAAGGUUGUUUGUCAAAGCCGGUCUGCUCAAUUUCCUCAGAACCCAAGCUACAACUCGGAUUACCACCUCCAUGACCUAA